GACCAUGCAGGAGAGGAUCACAAGUUUUACAUGUCCGGCCAAAGUGCUGGAGGCUGCAACAAGGCCGGAGCUCAGCCCUGUGAACUGCAUCACGGCGAUCCAUCGCAUCGCAAGGCACACGUGAGCCCACCACGCUACCUUGCGACCACCGGCGUGGCCUUGGCCGCGGGCGGGCUGGUGGUGAGUGCGCUGUCUAGCAGCUUCGUCCCGGGCCCCUACGCCGGAGCGCGGUCGAUUGGAACAACCGCAUCUUUCUCCGGCCCCCUGAUCUUGUCCCUGUGCGUUGGCAACUGCUACCUCAUUGAGGCUAGGCUUCAAACGCAGUCCCACCAAGACGGAGGGGAUAACAUGAACGCCACCUUGGGAGUGGUGGCCUCCAUGGCAGUUUACGACUCCGUGAAGGACAUCACGGACCCCAAGGUGUCACUGGUGAAAGCCGAGGCACAAAGCCAUCGCAGCAUCGAUUCCAAAAGCGUGACCUUUGUCGCAGACUACGCGGCCGUGAACGCCGCCGUGGGCCGCCUGGUGGCAUCAGUGCCCAAAGAAACCGUCAGCGACGUCUACAAUUCCCUGGCUGGCGUGGUGGAUGCCUCCGUCCACAACAACAUUUCUCCAAGGUGA